AUGUCAUACCUGGGAACAGAAUGGAAGGGCAUCUCAACAUGGAAUCAUGUCCACAUGAAUCUUGCCAAGGCGCCUUGCGCCAGUUUCAACAAACUUGGUCAAGCUGUUGAACAGAGCCGUCCUUUUAAGACUCAAGAGGGCUUAAUUGGGAAACAUACAUGCAGCAUUCAGUCUGAUUUUCAUGGUCCAGCUACCAAAAUGGAGCGCAUAAUUGUUUUUGAUAUCUUUCAGAAUGUUCCCAGCGAUCCUGGCUUUAAGAUCCUUAUCGAUGUCUUUUCCGAACUCUUGGAUAGUGAUGAGAAUAUAAGAUGGAACAAGAUGUUAUGUAUUCCGUAA